CCACUUGGCGCGUGCGCAGAACGAGGUGCCUGACAGUGGUAAACAGACGUCAGAAGGGAGUCUUCGCCUCGAGUCAAAACAAAACAAAACAAGUCAAAAAGACCCUGAAGAAUUGAGUAUUUGAACAGCCACAAUCACAAGAAGUUUUUCGAGACUCAUAGCGGAUUAAAACCGACCACUUGGAAGAAGUUAUCGGAGGAUUUUCACGGACUUUUCCACGGAUUGUAAAGUCUGGAGUAGCAGGAGCUUAACCAGCUAACGUUACGGUGGCUAUCGAGCCGUUCUCAAAGUGCGGCGGGUUGGAGCCGACGGACCUCGGAGGCGACCCGACUUCACCCAACACCCGGGAAUUCGCCUCGUAGUUGGUUCACCGAGCUCGCGGGGCGAAUUCCUUCGCUCCGGGCCUCGGUCGAGGGGGGUUUUGUAUCCGACUUUUCGGGCAUCGUGUGCGGCGGCAAGAGUGGAGAAACAUGGCAGAUGGUGACAUGCGCCUGGCCGCAAUGUGGCGGAUCGUGCGAACCUGAAGCGAGGACUUCUUCUCGUGCGCACGUUUCUCCCACUUUUAUCGGUAAAGAAACACUAUUGAUCAUUUCUUAAAAACGCUCGGGAUUUCUCUGGUUGUUUAUUUCUUUAACAUAAAGGCCGAAGAGACGCAGAUCUCUUCUGAGUUUUGGUUGUUUAUUUUUAACUUUUUUUGGGGGGGGCAGUUGGCUAACAAAACAUUUUUUACCGGGUUAAUUAGUCGUUAUUAUGUUUUUACACUUCCCUUCACUUUAACCGGACAGCUCUUUUUGUGUGACCGUUUAGUAUUUUAUUUUAAAAGUUGGCGUGGAGGAUUGUCGGCUCGCGCGCACACAUCACGUUGUUUACAAGUGGAUCCUUUGUAACAGUAGCCAGCUAAUCCUCGCUUAUAGUCUUCUUCUGUAGCGUUACAGUAAAGAACAAAUUAAAGAGAAAAUAUAUACACAGUUUAGAACAUUUGGUACGAAAUCAUCCUUAAUUUUGAUUAAUUCAUACAAUUGUAUUUUGUGAACGGUUUAAACUAUACUUCUUAGAAAAUUUACCAUUUUCAAAUAUUUAAAUCGAGUGCGUAUUGACAGGAAGGGCGUUAUUUUGUAUCUGUAUACCUUUAAGAUUUUGGUAGGCCUAUUUAUUAUUUUUCAGGUGAGCCAUAACCUCUGUGGAUCCAGAUGUUUUGGUGCUCAUUGCCACUCCGAUACUUUUGUUUUUGUUUCAUUCAAACAAAGGAACUCUCAUCCCAGCCUUCCCCAGUCUAUAUACAUCGGAAGGUUUAUGAUAGUUACUAUUAAGGAGAUUAUUUGGGUUCCCUAAUCUCCAAUCUGAGGAUUAACCGAGGCUAUUGGCGUGUCCAGAUUACGUCUCUUCGACAGGCCCCUCUGUUUACACCCCCGCAGGGAUUGAAGCAUAUUGUUUUUGUGUCGGGAAGUUUCUCUUUUAAACGCAUCUUCCACUCAAAGUUUACUUUAACUUUCGAAGGUCGAUGUUUUAAGUGUUUUUUUUUGGUUGAGUGGAAGUUCAGAGGACCGCCAUGGAGGAGUCCUCGGUGCCCCCGAUUGACCCAGAUUUCGAGCCGCAGAGCAGACCUCGCUCCUGCACGUGGCCGCUGCCGAGACCCGACAUCUCGGCUGUCAAACCCGAGGGGCCGGACGGCUCCGAGUCCGCGGCGGGGACCCCGCCCGCGGACGAGGACAAGGCCGAGCCCCAGCAAAUCACUUGCGAGCCCGAGAAGGCUGCGGCGGGGGCCGAGGGAGGGGUGGUGGCCGGCGGGGGCGGAGCCGGCGCAACGCCUCGCAAAGGAUCAUCCCGGCGCAACGCGUGGGGGAACCAGAGCUACGCAGAUCUGAUUAGCCAGGCCAUCGAGAACUCACCUGAGAAGAGGUUAACCCUGGCGCAGAUCUACGAGUGGAUGGUGAAAACAGUGCCUUACUUCAGAGACAAAGGAGACAGCAACAGCUCAGCGGGCUGGAAGAAUUCAAUUCGCCACAAUUUAUCACUCCACAACAAGUUCUUGAGGGUUCACAAUGAAUCGACCGGCAAGAGCUCCUGGUGGAUGCUCAACCCAGAAGGAGGGAAGACCGGGAAAGCUCCUCGCCGCCGGGCCGCCUCCAUGGACAACAGCAGCAAACUGCUGAAGAGCCGCAUGAGGGCCAAGCAGACUAAGAAGCAGGCGGGAGCAGCCGGCCUGGGGGGUGCCGGAGGGGCUCUGCAGGGUGACGGCAGCACAGGUUCAGCCGGGGCAGACAGCCCUAAUUCGUCCCAGCAGUUCCCCAAAUGGGGGGUUAACAACGGCAGCCCGUCGCCCCGCGGCAGCCUGGAUGACACCGACAUGUGGACCACCUUCCGCCCACGCACAAGCUCUAACGCCAGCACACUGAGCGGACGGCUGUCCCCUAUCGCUCCUGGACAGGAGGACGAUGAUAACCUGCCUGAAGACGGACUGCUGGGGAGAUACCCUGCAAGAAGCUUGACCCCGACCCUCACCGAGACCCUGAUGGAGGAGCUUGAUCUGAUCGACGGCCUCACAUUGAUGACGGAGCAGCAGGGAGGGGCCAGUCCCAGUACAGCCCCACCAGCACCUCCAACCCCGCUGCCCUCCGCCUCCACCCUGCUGCCUCGUGGGUCCAGCUUCUCCUCCUUCCAUCCUCUGCAACCAUCCAGCCUCCCGCAGGCCCCAACUCACACCGGGACCCAGGCCUCUGUCUCUCAGUGUGGAAUGAGCAGCAAAGAGCUAUCAACCUUCAGCAACUCCCUCUUCAACCCCAUGUCCGGCUCUGGCUCUCGUGGGAGCGGCCAUUACAGCACCCACGUGCCUUCCAGUUUGGAGGUGCUGCUCACCUCCGACUCCCCUCCUCCUAGUGAUGUCAUGAUGACUCAGGUGGAUCCCCUCAUGCCCAGUCCUGGGGGGGUGGGCCUAAUGGGCCUGGGCGCAUCCGUGAGGUCCAAAACCAACCAGCUGCUGUUGGGUAAAGGGCUGGAGCCCAACACAGUGACCCCAAUGGUGCUGCAGGCUCAGAUGCAGCAGCGUCACCUUCACCACCACCACCACCACCACCACCAACAACAACAGCAACAACAACAACAGCAGCAACAGCAGCAACAACAACAACAACAACAGCAGCAGCAGCAGCAGCAGCAGCAGCAGCAGCAACAACAACACCAGCACCACUCUCAGUUGGGGUUGGGGAUGAUCCUCUCGGGUAUGUCUCAGGACCCGUCACAGCUCUCUGCCCUCAAAGUGCCAGCGGUGGGCUCUCAUCACGUAGGGCCCAUCGGCUCAGCCAAUCCCGGCGUGAGCCUGCUUGGGAUGAGUCAGUUCGGAGCUCCGUCCUGCUUCAUGGCCGGUCAGGACCGACUGCCCACAGACUUGGACAUUGACAUGUUCACUGAAAACCUGGAUUGUGACGUGGACUACAUCAUCAACAGUGACCUCAUGGACGGAGAUGGCAUCGACUUCAACUUUGACCCCAUUCUGCCUGGAGGCCAAGGCUGCGCCGGCCCGGCAACCACACAGGGCUCCGCUCACAGCUGGGUGCCCAGCUAAUUCCUUGGCUGACCACACAGAGUUAGCCAGGAACUAUUCUCCAAUCAAGAAAACCUCACAAAACAACCGGUGCAUUCCUCCUCUCUGCGGGCGGAAGAUACUAUUUUAAAACACAAUGCUUCUCUCUGGCCUUUAAGACGAGCCCCCCCCCCCCCCCAUGUCAUGUGCCAAGACAUGCGGAGGACAGGGAGGAGCUUCAGGCUACUAUGCACAAUAUUUUAAGUAAAAAGACAAAUCAUUAACUCCCCUCUGCUGGGAGUUUAUAUUUCAGUUAUGGUACACCAGAAUAGCUUCAGGUUGGAAACGGUACGCGAUGGCUUUGGUGUUAAAGAUUCAAUGGACUGAUGCGUUUUUAGAGAAAUGGCCAGUUUCCCAUUGACACCAGCAUGAAGCACCAGACCAAACACCGUCCUCGACGCAGUCACUCUGCUGCACCGAGGACACGUUUUAUCACAGGCGUCGGAUUGUGAACAGGUGGAAGAUGGAGGACUGCACGACUGGAGGUAUAAAAGGCUUGAUUCAACAUUUGCUCCACAUCUCGCACAAUUUUGGACUACGAUUACGUGUACGUUUCAAAUUUCUCACUUCAGAGAAAGAAAAGAUGAUGCAUUUUUCUUUUCUUGCAAUGACAUUUGGUGAUUCAGCAGUUAAGAGGGUCUGUAUUUUCAGUUUGGAAUUAUUUUUGACUUCAAUCCAGUGUGUUAUGGUAGUUAGAGGGAGCGUGUUUUUUCAUUUUUAAAUCCCUGAUGUGCAGUUAAACUAACACAAUGAAGAAAUGUAACUUGUGAAUUUACACACGGGGCAUUCAAGGGUAAAUUUAUUUGCCAACAAGUGAUUGAUUGGCCAAGUAUUACAUUGUUUCAGACAGCAGUAUGCCUCCACUGUCAAAUGGCCGACCUGAUACGUUCUUCCUUUCUGUUUUCAUUGAGCCUGUGCAUUUUCAAAGCAGCACUUAGGUUUCCUGUGACACAGGGACCCCAAACCUAAGCGACACAUUAGGUUAUACCAUUUCAUUAAAGGAGUUGAAAUCCUGUUAAAAAAAACAAUUUAAAAACCAUGGUUGUACAUGUACACAGUGUCACGCUAUGCAGAUUUAUCAGGAGAGCUAAAUGAAAUAUUGAAGGAAAUUUGAAAAAUCACUUCUUGAAGGGUUUUGUUGUUGAACAUGUUCCUGAUAUUUUGUUCGGGGGUUGAGGGGGUGCUUCAUGAGAAAACAUUCUCUCACACUUUAAUUAUUCAGUUAAUUAAUUCUCUUUGUGAGAAGUGCAAAAGAAGAAUAUAUUUGAUUAUAGUUUUAAUAUACAAUUUAGAUGGAAGUAAUAAAUUAGAUAUUAAUACAUAUGAAUAUAUUACUAAUGACAAGUGUUUUUUACAUUGGGGAAGCAUUCUCAGAUCAUUUGUAACGGUCAUUUUCUAUACUUGUAUUUUUGUAAAGGAUGAGAUGCAUGUAGAUUUUUUUUAACGUAACCAAAGGAACACUAAUAUUUUCAUUUGCAUGGCAUUUAGGGAGCGCUUGGGCCUGACACAGUAUCUCGUGUGUACAUAA